AGCAGCCGUCUGGCUGGUUGUCUGGUUGUCUGCCUGCCUGUCUGUCCACCUGCAGUAAUGUCCUCCCGGCCGGAGGGUAAGACGGCCUCACAGUUUGUGUCUCUCACCAUGAGGCUGAAGGAUAAGCUCCACCCACAGAGGAUCAGAAGCUCUGAGCGAAUCAAACAAACCCUGUCACAGAAACCCAAACCAUGUGACCUGAAUAUGCAACACACACUGCAACACAAGCCGGUGUGCCUGCUGGUGGACCGGCAGCGGGCCGUCGUCAGCUCUCUGCAGUACUUCAAGGCCCUGGUGGACAGACUGGGAGUGGGCAAAAUGGUCCUGGACCCGUCGGUGGUGGGCGGUCUGCUGGGGGGGGCGUCCAGCGGGGUCCUGGAGGCGGUACAGACUCUGGUACAGCUGGAGCCGCACCUGCACCGCAGUAAGACCAUCUGUUCCUGUCUCACCCGUCUCUACCUGUCUGUGGGUCAGCUUAUUCGCUGGGCCGAUCAGGUGAUGCUGCAAGGCGUCGCCCACGGCGACAAGGACUCUGUAGCAAGCGUUACCGUGGUGAUCCGGGCCGUGCUGGACGGGGUCAAGGAACUGGUCCGAUUGGCUGCAGAGAGAGGUGACUCCGCCUCCUUAUCUCUUGUCCAAUCACCGAUCACCCUGGGACAGACAUUUGGGUUUGACAACCAGCUGACAUCAGAGAGGACGGCUACCUGCUGGAGUUCAAGAGCUCCUGUAGAGGAGGACACAGCUUUGGCUCCUCCUAAGCCCCCAAUGCCUCCCACAGAGCCCCUCCCCCAGGUGCCCCUCCCACAGGUGUCCACACAGGGACUAAGUCCUCCAGCCCUGCCGCCGAAAAGGCGUCAAUCUUUAGGUCCCGCCCCCUGCAGGGUUGCCAUAGUAGCACCAAGGAGACGAGAGCCGGAAGUGGACAGACAGGAGGACGAGUGUUUGAAGCGCUGCUCUUCUUCAUCUGCCGACUCUGCUGCUGAGAACACUCACUGUGAGGAUGACCCAGACUACGACUUCCUCCACACUGACCUGUCCUCCUCUACUACACUCCCUCCUCUUCCUCACCCGGCCACCCUCCCCCCCGCCCUGCCAGAGAAGAGACACUGCAGCACUGCAGAAACUACUCUGGGUCAGGCCUCGUUUGGGUUUGACUCCGCCCCCCUUGGAGACAUCAUUGGACCUGAUGAGUCAUCGUCAUCUCCACUGUCCCCCAGCGGGACGCCGCCGCCCCUCCCUGAGAAGAGACGGCACAUCCAUCAGUACCUUCAGUUCUGUUCGUCCUACAGUGAUGAAUCAUCGGCCAUGUUCUACCAGCGACCUUUGAACUUCAGUCAGCAUCACAUUAGCAGGCAGCGAGACCUGGAGACCACCUACCACCUUCCACACCUGGACAGGCAGACAUUAGACUCCGCCCCCUCAGCUAAACUACUUCCUCCUCCAGUUCUACCACCGAAGAAGAGACAACAGGAUCCAGUUGGACCGUAUGAAGAGGACCAGACCAGAGACAGGUCUCAGAGUGUCCAGUAUGAGGAGCAGCAGGAGGAGGUUCUCCUGACAGACCAGCAGGAGGUCCUCCAGAGGAUCACCAUGAAGCCUCCGGACGAGGACGGGCCGGACGUCCAAGCAGCCUCUCCUGAGAUCCUAUUGGUCCACGCCACCGCCACUGACAGCGGAGCAGAACAGGUGGUGUACCGUGAGGCCUUCCUCUCCACCUACAGGAGCUUCAUCAGCCCCGAAGACGUCAUCAUCAAACUCCAGCGAAGAUACACACACCUGAGUGAACUAGGGGAGCCUGAAUGCAUCACUGCUGCCAAUAACACCUUCCACCUGCUGGUGAGAGUGGUGGACGAGCUGUGCGCCAUAGAGCUGGACUCUGAUUUGCUGUUGCUGCUGAUGAAGCUGGUGUUCAGCCUCCUGAUUGGUGGAGAGCUGGGUCUGGCCCGCCUCCUGCGCUCUAACAUCCUGUCCAAGAUGGAGCAGAAGUGGCUGCUCAUUAGCUCUCCUCAGUCGCUCCUCCCCCUCGCAGCCAGGGGCGUGGCUGCCAGACCAGGAACCCUGCUGGACUUCAGGAGCCAGGACUUAGCUGAGCAGCUGACUCUGCUGGAUUCUGAGCUCUUCUGCAAGAUCGAGCUUCCAGAGGUGUUGCUGUGGUCUAAAGAGCAGAAUGAGGAGAGAAGUCCAAACCUGACCGCGUUCACCCAGCACUUCAACAACGUGUCCUUCUGGGUUCGUUCUGUCAUCAUUCUUCAGGAUAAAUCUCAGGACAGAGAGAAACUGUUGCUGAAGUUCCUGAAGACCAUGAAGCACCUGCGGCGGCUGAACAACUUCAACUCGUACCUGUCCAUCCUGUCAGCGCUAGGCUCCGCCCCCCUGCAGCGCCUCGACUGGCAGAGAAACACGUCUGAGGCUCUGGAGGAGUUCAGCUCGUUGAUUGACAGCUCGUCAUCUUUCAGAGCUUAUAGAGCAGCUCUGGCUGAGGUGGAGCCGCCAUGUAUACCCUACCUGGGCUUGAUCCUUCAGGACUUGACCUUUGUCCACUUGGGGAAUCCUGACACCUUGAUGGGGUCGAAGGUCAACUUCUCUAAACGCUGGCAGCAGUUCAACAUCCUGGCCACCGUGAGGAGCUACCAACAAGUGCCUUACACUCUGCAGCCGAAUGAUGACAUCAUAUCCUUCUUUAAUGACUUCAGCGACCACCUGGCAGAGGAAGCAUUGUGGGAACUCUCGCUCAGGCUCCGCCCACGAAAUACCCCAAGAGCCAAUCAGAGAUGACAGAUAAAAAACGACUAAACCUGUGCUAACCUGCAUUGCAACAAGGCUAACCUGUGCUAGUUUAAUGCUAACAUGCAUAAAUUGAGACUGAUAAUCAAAUCUUAAUCAAAGUGGGACUGAACUGGAUUAAACUGGAUUAAAUUGUU